AUGGCAAAUAAAAUAAAUAAAAAUAAAUGCAAAAAUAAAGAAAAAAGAGCAGAGAGAGCCCGCGGGGGGUCCCGGAGCACACUGUCUACGCAGCAGCGCAGCGCGGCUGCUGCAGAACCCUCCGCGCAGCAAAAGGCAUGGCUCUGGGGCGCCCCGCUUGCGGCGGAGGCUUUGGGGCGUUUUAAAAGAAUAAAUUUGAAGUUUAAAUUAAAAAAAAAUAAAAAAAAUAAAAAGGAUUUAACAGACAGGGCCUGGGAAGGCAGGGGCGGGCAGCAGCGGCAGCAGCAGCCUCACUUGCUCUCCCAUGUGCCCGUAGCUGCAGCAGCAGCAGCAGCAGCAGCAGCAGCAGCAGAUGGGGCCUCAGGCUUUCUGUUGGGAUUUGCUUGCAGAGAUCUGCUGCUAGUUGGUCUUUUUAUCUUUUCUUUUGCGUUUUCUAAUUGGAUCUCGAGGAGAAGAGCUUCGAGCCGGGCUGCCGGGCCGGCGCGCUGCUGCUGCUGCUGCUGCUGCUGUUGCUGCGAGGCGCGUCAAGAGCAGCAGCAGCAGCAGCAGCAGCCCUCGCGGCCGUGCCUGCCGCCGCUUCUCGCCCGAGGCCUGCAGCAGCAGCAGCAGCAGCAGCAGCAGCUCUGGGCUCUUGUCUUUCAGAUUUUGCAGCUUCUUGCUGCGCCCUUUGCCCCUGCCCCCGCACUGGAGCAGCAGCAGCAGCAGCAGCAGCAGCAGCGCAGCGCCGCAGCCUUCCAGGCCAAUCUGUGUCUCCAUUUAUUUCUGUCUUUUUGCUGCUUUCCCUUUUGCAGUGUCGCCUUUCUGCUGCUGCUUCUCUGCCCAGCAGCAGCAGCAGCGCCAACUCCCCACCCGCACCAGCAGCAGCAGCAGCAGCAGCAGCAGCAGCAGCAGCAGCAGCAGCACCGCACCUGCCCCCGCCGUGGCCCCUGCGUUCUGCAGCCUCUGACUGAGCCUUCCCAGGCCCUGCCCCCUCUGCGCCUCCCGCAGCUUUCCUGCUGCUGCUCUCCUGCCGCUGCUGCUGCUGCUGCUGCUGCUGCUGCUGCUGCUGCUGCUGCUGCUCAAUGGGAAAGUCCGAGCUGCCGCUGCCGCCCCUCUCGGGCUUCCCCUCGCUGGGCGACGGCAGCAGCAGCCCAGUGGCCCCGCCAGUGCCUGCGGGGGCUUGGGGUUUGCGUGCUGCAGCAGCAAAGAUAG